GAUGCCCUGCCGCCGGAGAAGCGGCCGGCCCUGCAGGCGUCGUGGGACUCGGUGCCCGACAGGUACGACAGGUACAUGAUGUUCCUGGAGUACAGCAGCUACCUGCGGAAGCAGGAGGUCACGGAAGAUGAGAAACAGGAGCGGAGGAAGCAUUUGGAGCCGCUGAUGCAGGAAUUCGGCCUCACUACCGGGGACGAGGAGGAGUCGGGGGCGCAGCCGCUGCUGCUGAUGGCGCUGCUGGUGGCGCUGCUCUGCUUCGUUUUCGGCGUGAUCUACUACUCCCGGGCGGAGCCCGACCUGGCGCAGGAGUUGCAGUCCUUGUGA